AUGUCUUCUCGUAGGGUGGUAAUAACAGGUUUAGGCUUAGUUACACCCUUAUCAACUGGUGUAAAGUCAUCAUGGAAAAAAUUAAUCAAUAGUGAAAGUGGUAUAAUAUCUCUAAAAUCAAGUAAUAUUACCAGUAAACCUGGUGUUAAUCAAAAUACCCCUGAAGAAAAAAAGGAGGGGGAAUUUAAUAAGUUAUCAUCGACUGUUGCUGGUACUGUAAAAUCAGGAAAAUACGAUGACGGGGGUUUUGAUCCAAAAGAGUGGUUAGAUCCUGGGGAUGAAAGAAAAAUGGCAUUGUUUACUCAAUACGCAAUUUGCGCAGCAAAACAAGCUCUGAAUGAUGCUGAAUGGACAUCAGUAUCGGAUUUUGAAAAGGAGCGAACUGUAUGUGGUCAUAAGGAAAAAUUUAUUCAAUUCGGAGAUGCGGAUGUUAUGAUUGCCGGUGGAUCAGAAGCUAGUAUAUUACCUUUAGCUAUUGCAGGAUUUGCGAAGCCGGAAGAGGCUUCAAGGCCAUUUGAUCGAGAUCGAGAUGGAUUUGUCAUCAGUGAAGGUGCUGGAGUCGUAGUACUUGAGGAAUAUAAUCAUGCAAAAAACAGAGGUGCACACAUGUAUGCUGAAAUUCGAGGUUAUGGAUUAUCAGGUGAUGCAUAUCAUAUGACAGCUCCGUUAGAAAAUGGAGCUGGUGCAGAAUUAGCUAUGCGAAGGGCAUUAAAUAAUGCUAAAUUAUCUCCAAGGGAUAUUGAUUAUAUUAAUGCCCAUGCUACAUCAACCUUAUUAGGAGAUAUUGCUGAAAAUCGAGCAAUCAAGUCAAUUUUUGAAACUUGCGGAUCACCUCAUAAGUUAGCGGUAUCAUCGGUCAAGGGAUCCAUAGGUCACUUAUUAGGAGCUGCUGGUGCCGUUGAAGCCAUAUUUACUAUUUUGGCAUUAUACCAUGAUAUUCUUCCACCAACUUUAAAUCUUCACAAUCCUGGUGAUCCAGCAUCAGAUUUUUUAUCUUUUAAUUACGUCCAAUUGAAUGCGCAGCAACAUCCUGGAAUCAGAGCUGCAUUAACCAAUUCAUUUGGAUUUGGAGGGACUAAUGCAUCUUUAUGUUUUACAAAAUGUGAAUAG